CUAUGCUAUGGUUUUAAUCAUCAACCUCCAACAAUCAUAUCAUCUUCGUCCCCGAUCGAACACUGUCAAGAGUCAUCCGACACUCCCAAACUGAUAUCCAGCCAUCUUCCACUUACACAUACUCCUGCUCAUUCCACUGACUUCGUCGCAUCGAGACAUUCCAUUAUGGCAGAUCAGCGCAACAUUGUCAUCUUAGGAUCGUCCUUUGCAGGCGUCCAGUCUGCUCAGUACUUCAUGAAGUACAUUAUGCCCACCCUCAACGCCAGACCAGGAGCCAAACACCAUCUCUACAUCAUCAGUCCGUCGCCAGAUUUCUACUACGUACCAGCAGCACCUCGAACCGCCGUCUCGGUUUCCCGCCUUCCCUUCGACAAAGUAUUCGUCCCCCUGUCCGCAAUCUUCGAAUCGUUCCCAAAGAGUGACUUCACCUUCAUCCAAGCAUCUGCCUCUGGCCUAGACACCAGCCAACGAACAGUCCUCUACCGUCGAAGUGACAAGGCCACUGAAGAAAAGCUACCCUAUCACGCUCUAAUCAUCGCCACCGGCUCGCAAACAAACCACGCUGCCUUCUCCAAAGGCGACUCAGAAGGCAUCAGGAAAGCAAUCCACGACAUGAACGCAAAAGUCUCAUCCGCAAAAGACAUUGUCGUAGUUGGCGGCGGAGCCACAGGCGUCGAAACUGCUGCAGAGAUAGGCGAACAGCUCAACGGCAAACCAGGCUGGUUCUCCACCCCUUCCCGAAAAGUCGCCAUCAAACUCAUCACAAACGCCAACCAACUCAUCCCGCAGCUGCGCCCGUCCGUCGGCAAGUCCGCAGAAGCAGCGCUCAAAUCCCUCGGGGUAGAUGUCGUGUACAAGACCAAAGUCACAAACUCUUCGCAAGGCAAAAACGGCCGCACAAUCCUCACGCUCGGCAACGGCGAAACGCUCGAAACAGACCUCUAUCUCCCGCUUCACGGCGUCAUCCCCAGCUCCUCGUACCUCCCCAAACCCCUGCUCAACGAGUCUGGAUACGUGGACACGAACCCCGCGACUCUCCGCGUCGACGCCGCUGGACCCCGCGUCUACGCGCUCGGCGACAUCUCGUCCGUCUCGCGCAACAAGAUUGCAGAUCUCAACGACAUGCUGCCCGUUGUCCUUACGAACCUCAAGCGCGACCUCUACGCUUUCAACCCUGCCAAUCCCUCCGCAAAGGCCCCCGGGAAAGACCGCGAGUUCAAGCGCAUGGAGAAGGAGAUGUUGGGCGUGACGUUGGGGUCUGGCGGCGGCGUCGCGGUCGUUGCUGGGUGGCGCGUCCCGAGCUUUUUUGUGUGGUUGUUGAAAAGUCGGGAUAUGCUGACGGGCAUGUUUGUGCCAGCCAUCAAGAGCGGCAAGUAUGUCAAGGAGGCGCCGUGGAAAGGGGAGGAGAUUGUGGCGUGAGGUGAGGUGGUUUUUGGCUGGAGCUGUCCCGUUCGAUUUUUUGAUAUCCCCCCU